AUGACGACAACAGGUAGCUGGAUUAUGACAGACAUCCCGCCGCCUCUGAAUGCACUCGCUGCUGCUGCUGCUCGUCAGCAGCACCACCACCCUCUGUCGACACACCCUUUCGCCGUCCCUCCUUCAGCUUCGCGACGACAACCGCAGCCGCCUGUCGACGAUGGUGUCGAAGAAGACGACGGAGAGAUCAUUUGUAUCUGUGGUAUGCGCCAUGACGACGGCUUUUCGGUGCAAUGCGAAACCUGCAACAACUGGCAACACAUGAUCUGCUACUACCCUACUGAAGCAGAUCGCCCCGGUGAGCACCAAAAGCACUACUGCUUCGACUGUCAACCGCGAUGGCUCGACGCCGACCAAGCAAAGGAACGGCAGAAAAAGCAAAUACAGCGACAAGCUGUCGACUCGCGACGACCCGGCCCAAAACAUCGCAAGAAACAAAAAGAGUCGCCAGCUGCCGUCAAUGGCGCCUUGCUACAAGGUCGCGAUCGUAAAAGUGCCAGCCCACGCGAUCAACCACCUCCUGCGAAACGCCCAAAGACUGGUCACCGCCCCUCCGCAACUGCCAAUCACGCCCCGACCGGUCGCAAACGAAACGGCACGAUAACGACAGCUCGCAGUCCCUCACCAGACCCUUCCAGACCUACUAUCCCAUGGUACUCGGAAGAGUUUUAUCGUCUCUAUUCUCAAGUCUCGUCGCAUGUCGAAACAGAAACAAAUCUCAUGAACAACAUCGCCGUCACGAAUUCAUUGUCUGAAUGGCUGAAGAACCCAGUUGUUGUCGAGAAGGACACGAACGGCCUCAGUCAAAACGACAUCUUCCUUCGCUGGGAUGGACCCUUCGAAGACAUGCCUGGUCGGCCCGAGGUCGCUUUGCACUGGGAAGCAGACCCCAACUUCAACGACCAAGCUGAACCUCCGAAAUGGCCCUGCUUGACCGUCGAGCAGGAUAUCUCGAAGCGUACAUUCAUCGGUGAGCUUCGUGGUCACAUUGGGUACAAGGAAGAGUACAUGAACGAUCCUGAGAGUCGUUGGUCAUCACUACGCCACGCCGAACCUUUUGUCUUCUUCCAUCCUCAACUACCUAUAUACAUCGACGCCCGUCAAGAAGGCACCAUGUUCCGCUACGUUCGUCGCAGCUGCCGACCAAAUACGGAGAUCCAGACCAUCAUCACCGAUGGUACCAACUACCAUUUCUGCUUCAUGGCUACUAAAGAUCUUCAGUCUGGCGAAGAAAUCACUGUCGCUUGGCAGACAGACGAUACGAUCAAAGCAAUGUGGGCCGAGAGAGGCGUCGUUCAUGGCGACGUGCCUGCCGACAUCAAACACGCCAUUGCCAUGUGGGUGUCCAAUGUGCUCGCUAACUGCGGCCCUUGCGCAUGUAACGGCGAUGGCUGUCUGAUGGCAAGAUUCGAUCGCCGUGGUCAGCCCCAGCCUGUUGAGCCACCAGAGACGACUGCAGCCCCUCUAAAAGUACCAAAGGUCCGCCGCAUUAAGACCAAGAACAACCUCUCGCCCGCCGACCCGAACCGCAACAGCCACAGCCGUUCCGGCAGUGAAGUUCGCAAACUUGAAGUCGAAGUUGAAGAUGACAUGACAGACGCUCAAUCUGUGUCUGGUUCAUUCCGAGCAUCUGCCAGUAGAGACAUUACUCCUGGCACUCAUUAUUCGGCCGUUAUACCCGAGAUGUCUGAACGAGAAAAGAAGAAGCUCAUGCGCGAGGAAGAGAUGUUCCGUCGACAAGAGGAGGAAAGCGGGAGACAAAAGAAAAAGCGGCAUAGCGGCGCCACGCCCCUGCUACCACAGAGCAGUACAUUGUCUUCCUCGAAACAACAGUCGUCGGAACCCUCGUCUUCUCGUCGUGGCACUAUUUCCAAGCGACCAUCAAAAACUACGAGAUCCGACCAGCAGUCUUCCGAAACCUCGAGGCCGGUUUAUGUUGAUUCGGCGAUCCAAUGCGAUAUGGACAACGAUGACCCUCCAGAGCCACAAAUGCCCACGCCACCAAAGAAGAAGCGAUAUCUGUCAGUGACACAACGUUUGCUUCAAAGGUGCGCUUCCAACAACCUCAAGCGUAAGGCUGAAAGCGAAACGCCCGAGGAUUUGCCCACCAACGGAGUCCAUCCUGAAGAGAGUAUGGAUAUUGUCAAUGAUGAGCAAAGCCCGAGAAGUGUUGGUGCUCCGUCAGACGCUACUCCAUUGUCACCUGUGUCCAUCAAGCAUGCCGACGUCAACAUGACCGAGGCCAUGCAAGCACGUCCUACUUCACUGUCACCCGCGUUUGGUCCGGUGGAUACUGACAUGCAAUACAUGGAUGAUGAACGCGCCACACCUCCUCCACACGACCACAAUGCUUCAUCGUCGUACAGCUCAGCAAGUCCUUCUACAUUGAAGUCGGGUGUGGCUUCACAUCCACCAAUGGAUCCUCCACCUCCACCAUGGCCACAAAGAGAAGCACCGAGUAUAGGUGGAGUGCAGCCAGCCUCUCCGGAGUUCAAAGCUGCCCACCCCGAGAUGCAUCUGACCAUGCCUCCAUCGUUGAACUCUGCAACUUCACUCCCACUCACGCAAUCACCUGCGACCUUGACACCCAGUCUUUCGAAUAUACCUCUCUUUUCACCAUCCGUUUCAGCGGCGGUAAAUCCCAGUCCUGCCCGGAAGAAGUUGAGCUUGAGCGACUACACCAAACGCAACAAAGUACACCAGCCAAGAGAUAUAUCACCUGCAGCUAGUCUGACAGAUAGCGUAUCAGCCAAAGACAAGGAAAGCAUCUUGAAUGGUGUGGCUGUCACGGACUCGCCGGCAUCAGAGCAGGCCAUGGACGCAACAGCGGCGCCACUCGGAAGCCAAGAGUCAGUAGUACCACCAGCUUGA